AUGGAUAAUGGCUUUGUUCUACCAGCCAUAAAGUAUUAUUUAGAACCUCAUGGAAAAUAUGUAUUCAUAGUGAAUAUAGAAAAUAAUGUAAAAAAUAUUUUAAAAAUUAGCUAUUCUGAAGGUAUCCAAAUAGUAAAAGAGAAACAGGAACUUUCAAGUAAAAGUAACAAUAGGGCAGAAGAAAAUGAUAACAAAAAUAAGUUCUCGUUUUUUGGGUGCUUAGGAAUAAUUCAAGCAGAACGCAUAAAUUUCUUGGUCAUAGUUUCCGAUGCUGAAAUUGUUUCUUAUUUAUUUAAUAGAGCUAUUUAUAGAGUAAAGAAAAUUUCCUUUAUUCAACUGAAUGAUGAAAUAGUAGAUAAUGACAAUCCUAAUGAUAAUCACUAUUAUCAGUAUGAGAUAUGUCGCUUGGGGGCAAACGGGGGAUUAACGUCAUUAAAUAAUUCCAGAAAGGAAAAUAAAAAGUUUUUUUGCAAUAAAAGUAUAAAAACACAAAAUUGUUUUGAUAAUAUAUUCAAAUCAAGAUGUUUUCUUGUUGAAAACUGUGUCUAUAACUAUAACAAAUUGCACAAUAACAACGAAACGUAUGUUCACAAAUUCAAAAAUAGCACACUAAAGAAAGAUACAUUAAAAACAAUAGCCUGCUUUGUGCGCGCCUUUAACAAGGGUCCUUUCUAUUUUUCCUACUACUACAAUUUAACCACAUCUCUUCAGAAAAACUUUAUAAAUGAAUCUAAAAAAGCUAAUGAAAAUAAAAAAACGGACUACAUCCUAUCAACGCGUAAUAUAAAAGUUAAUGAUACACACUACACUAUGGGUGUGAACUGUAGGGAAGAAAUGGAAGCACCCUUUUUGCACAAAUUAAAAUUUAAUGAAAUUAAUCAAGAAUAUACUUGGAACUGGAAAUUCCUAAAUCAUUUUAUACAUAUAGAUGGAUUUGAUUUUGUUGUGUUUCUAGUACAUGGAUACAUGAAUUCAAAUAUUUUACAUGUCUGCAAUAGGAAGAUAAAAUUAUAUUUAAUAUCGAGAAAAAAUAAAAACAGAAGCGGUGUAAGAUUUUGGUGUAGAGGAGGAAAUAGCCAGGGAGAUGUAGCCAAUUUUGUGGAAACAGAACAGAUUGUUGUAUGUAAAAAUUCGAACGAAACACAUGUUUUUAGUUAUAUCAUUGUGAGAGGAUCUAUACCUGUCUUAUGGAAACAACAACCAACAUUAAGUAUAAGACCGAAAAUACAAAUCUGUUCAGAAAUGCAUGAAAAUGCGAAAAUAUUGAAUUUACAUAUGGAAAAAUUAAAAAAUACAUAUGGAAAAAUUUCUAUUACUAAUUUGAUUAAUAAAAGAUUUGGUGAAAAAUAUUUAGGACAGUGCUUUGAAAAUUGUUUGAAGGAAUGUAAUGUUGAACAUAAUUAUACCUGGUUUGAUUUUCAUGGUGAAUUUAAAAAAUUAAAUUACAAUAAUUUAUAUUCAUCAUUAAAAACAGUGAUUGACGAUUUGAACGAUUUUUCCUAUUUUUCUUUCUCUUUACCAAAUAGUACAAACUGCAGUUUAUCAUAUGAUAAUGAUGAUAUUUCCACUAUCUUCCCCUCAUGGGAAUCUGCAAAAGUUAAUAAUUUUCAGAAAGGUAUAUUUCGAGUAAAUUGUAUCGAUUGCUUAGAUCGUACCAAUGUUUUUCAAAGUUUUCUGGCAAAAUAUAUAUUAUAUAUACAGUUAAAAAGUAUAAAUAUAAAAUUGGAACAAGGAAAUUUAUUCCCUUUUUAUUUUUUUAAAAGUCCACAAGACGAAUUAAAAUAUCGUAAAAUUUGGAUACACAAUGCUAAUGCAAUUAGUACCAUUUACAGCGGUGCUGGCGCAUUAAAAAAUGACAUAACACAAAAUGGAAAAAGAACUAUGAGAGGACUAAUACAAGACCUAUAUCAUAUUGUACUUCGAUAUAUAAAUAACAACUUUUUAGAUGGAUAUAAUAAUGACUGUAUCCAUUUAGUUACUAAUGAAAAUUUAAAACAUUUAAAUGUAUUUAAUAUUCACAAAGGUAAAUAUAAUCAAAUGAUGCAAGUCCUUUUUGAAUUUAUUGCAAUUUUUUCAACAUCUGCAUGUACUAGCCCUAUGCAGAAAUUAUUAAAAGGUUUCUAUUAUUUUUCGCAUAAUAUUACAUCCACCAUGAUUUCUCAGUGUAUCAAUUAUGCAAUUUUUAUUAUACGUAAAAAUUUUCACUUCUUUUUAUUUCCCUAUAAUCAAGCGAAAUAUUUACAGUUUAUUUCGUUAAUGGCAAAGACAUCAGGAAUUUUGUCUACAUCUUUUUUAAUAUUUGUCUUUUUUUGUAUUUAUGUGUUUACUCAAAGAAGACGCGUAAUUUCGUCCCCUAAAUUAGGUACACCGUAG